AUGGCCUCCGUCUCUUCACCACACCAGAAGCGAUCCACCGUCGCUGCUGCCGACGAAAGCCUCGCCAUCUCGGCGCUCAAGAUGCUGGCUACAUUCGACAACGCCAAGAAUGCCAUCUUUGCCCUCGUCGUCUACCGCUAUUCGACACGCAUCCUCCGACACCUUCGCGCCUACGGUGUCUCGGAAACCCUCUACCAGCUCUACCGUCUCGUCUCUGCCAAAGCUUUCGCACUUCUACUCAAGACCCCCGCAGCCAAGCGCAAAGUCAAACGCGAGCUCGACACGGCCAUGGCCGAGGUGGAAGCCAAGAUCGUACCGCGACCAUCGCAUCUCGAGACCAACCACCAACUGCCACAGCUCGGCAAGGAAAACGAAUGGAUCAGGGCCGAGCUCGCAAAGUUGCAGAUCAUGGAGGCCGGCGUAGACAGCAAGAUCGUAGAGGCAGAUUGGCAGCAACGCGAUGGUCAGAUGGUCUGGAAGGGAGGUAAGGUGUCGGGUGCAGUCUACCACGGCGGCGAUGAUCUCAGCGAGCUGUUGGCGGAUACCAUCAAGCAGUUCCUGGUCAGCAAUCCUCUGCAUCCCGAUGUUUUCCCAGGUGUUAGAAAGAUGGAGGCAGAGAUCGUCAGCAUGGUGUUGAAGAUGUAUAACGCUCCUUCCGGUGCAGUGGGGGCAACAUCGAGCGGUGGUACAGAGUCGAUUCUGCUUUCCUGCUUGGCCAUGCGAGAAUGGGCCAGGGCGACCAAGGGAAUCAAGGAGCCAGAGUUGGUAGUCAGCGUGUCUGCUCAUGCUGCUUUCGACAAGGCUGGUCAAUACUUUGGCAUCAAGGUGCACCACAUCCCUGUCGAUCCUGUGACGAGGAAGGUGCAAGUAGGACGUGUUGCAAGAGCCAUCAACCCCAACACCAUCGGUCUCGUCGGAUCUGCACCCAACUUCCCCGACGGAAUCAUCGAUGACAUUCCCAAUCUCGCCAAGCUGGCGAAACGACACAAGAUUCUGCUUCACGUCGACUGCUGCCUCGGCUCGUUCCUCGUGCCUUUCCUCGACAAGGCUGGCUUCGAGACUGAACCGUUCGAUUUCCGCAUCGACGGCGUCACGUCGAUCAGUUGCGACACGCACAAGUACGGGUUCGGUCCCAAAGGUCUCUCUACCAUCCUCUACCGCUCCGCCGAGCUGCGUCGAUUCCAGUACUACGUCAAGACCGACUGGCCUGGCGGAGUGUACGCCACACCCACGCUGUCCGGUUCUCGACCUGGCUCGCUCAUCGCUGGAACGUGGGCGGCACUCAUGAAGCUCGGCGAAUCCGGUUACACGCAGUCCUGCCGUGACAUUGUCGGCGCGGCUAAGGAGAUUACGACUCGAAUCGAACGCGAGAUCCCCGAGUUGAGAGUGCUCGGUCGUCCGCUCGUCUCGGUCAUCGCCUUCGCCAGCGCCGCAGAGGGAAGCGUCAGCAUCUACGACGUAGGCGAUCACAUGUCCAGCAAGGGCUGGCACAUGAACGGUCUCUCCGGCGACGUACCUGCCAUCCACAUCGCCGUUACGCGGUUGACGAUCCCCGUGGUGAACGAGUUCAUCGCCGAUCUCAAGGAGGCCGUCAAACACGCGAGGAGCAGCUUCAAGGGUCAAAAGGGUAGCAUGGCUACGCUGUACGGGUUGGGUAGCGGUGUCAGCGCCACGGCAAUUGUGGGUGAGUUGGCUACGAGGUUUGUGGAUACCCUGUAUCUCGUGUGA